GCGGGCUUUCCUCUCGUCGCCAUUUUUGGCUGGGCAGAAACCACAGACCCAGAGAGCAAAGAUCACCAGACCGGCGCAGCUGUGGACGCCGCGCAGUGCGUGUGCGCGAGUUUUGGCCAGGCGGGCACGCGCGAUUUCUAGCCCCAGGCCAGGACCUUCCGGAAAGGACCAGACAGAAGCUAUUUCUUUAUGAGAAAGCCCCGCAACAGCUUGUGUCAUGUGGAGGGCCAGUGGCGCAAUGGAUAACGCGUCUGACUACGGAUCAGAAGAUUCCAGGUUCGACUCCUGGCUGGCUCGAUGUUAGAAAGUUUAUUUUAUUUCUUCUCCUAACCCCACAUUUGCUCAGUGGAGCAGGAAAACUAAUGUGAAGUUAAGUCUGGAGUCUCAGCGGCGCGGGGGCUACGCUUCUGACUGCAGCUGGAACCAUCACUGAUUUACAAACCAAAUUUCGCAUUCCGCAUGCGGCCACGCGGUGGCGCAAACUAGAACGCGGCUGGAGACGCCUGCGGUCCACAAGCCGCGCCCACUCCGUUCCGGCUGAGCUUUGAGUUUGAAGUAAACAAUGAAACCAAGGGGGAAGAAAGACUUUCAAAUCUUGAUGUUCGGAGUGAGCAAGAAUAGUGGUCAUUCGGGAAGAUUACUAAAGUCUUUUUUCUGAGGUCUCCCAUUCAGUCACUUGUAAAAAAAAUCACGCAGGAAGUGGCCUCAGGUAGUCUGUCCUUGGCUUCUGGGAAUUGAAGACCCUGUGCCGAAACGCAUGCGCAUAUCGAGUAACGCGCGCUUUCUUGACUGCCUGCAGAGGGCGCGUCUACCCGGGAGAACUACCGAUUGGGAAAACGGUUCUCUUACGAGUUUCCGUAGUGUAGUGGUUAUCACGUUCGCCUCACACGCGAAAGGUCCCCGGUUCGAAACCGGGCGGAAACAGCUUUUUUUUUUUUUUUUUUUUUCCUCCCCUCCACUACGAAAUUUUUUCGAAAACGUACUUCAAAAGAAGUCUGGACCCUUCACGGGCAGGUUCCCUCCUUUUCCCGUAUUGCUGGCCAGCUCGGGCUGCAGUGCUCGGAGCGUUAUUCCGGGCGGGCCCGGGAUUAUACCACCGCAGCCCCGGAAGCGCAUCCGCGUCCCCUUCCUGUUCCCGCGGCGCGGGCUCCACGGCCUUCGCUGUCCCGGGCGCCGCCAGCGGGGGAGCGGCGGACUCAGAAGUUUUCCAGGUGCAGUGUGGGGAAGGCAGAAGCAUCCGUGGGCUGGUGAGCCUCCAGGCAUUGCUGCCACCAUGCCGAAGAGAAAGGCAAAAGGAGAUGGGAAAGGGGAUAAAGCAAAGGUGAAGGAUGAGCCACAGAGGAGAUCGGCGAGGUUGUCUGCUAAGCCUGCUACUCCUAAACCAGAGCCGAAGACUAAGAAGGGCCCUGCAAAAGAGGAGAAGCAGCGCCGAGGGAGGAAGCGGAAAGCAGAAGGAGGCAAGGGCGGGCGAGGCCCUGCCAAGAACCGGGAGGGCUCUGAGGUGGGGUCACAGGAGGCCGAAGGCACCGAAGAAACCAAGUGAAGGGCCCAUUUUCCACAGCCAUGCCCUUUGAGUGACUCAACAGCUAGAGAUAAUACUAUUUUUAAUCAAGUUUUACAAAAAUGUAGAAUUUUGAUGUUUUUAAAGUUGUCAGUACACAGCAUCAUGCCUUUGUUGUCUUGUGGAAAGGGGAAAUACCACUAUUAGAUUGUGUCUGACAAGCUGAAUUGAAGCGGGGGGAGGCUAGGAUUUUCUAUCCUGGAGUUUGAAGAUUAUUCUUGGUUCCUAGAAAGAUUCUCUGUUGCUCGCCCACAUGAGCCGCAAUGGCACAGAAGCCUUAGAGCUCCGGGAAGACGCUUCAUGUCUCCUCCUCCCUUCUGUCCUCCUCACAGACGUGACUGCAUUAACUAGGAGCCUAGGUGUGGCCUUGACACCCCUCGGAUCACCAUGUCAGCUCUCAAUACUCGGGCUUCCUGGUGGUGACCUCAAGAAGGUGUUGCUCUUGGGCCAAGAUUUCUGUGCUUUGCCUGUGGGCCAUCCUGUUGAAAAUCCUGCAAGUUUUAGCUCAAUUCCUUCAUGGCAGAGUUGGCCUCUGAAAGCUCCUAUUGCCUCCUGUGACAUGUCCACCCGCUGUGUAACGUUUUCUUGUUCAAAGCUGCAGCGAAAGACUGUUGACUUUCACAGUGACUUUGGGGGAGGGGAGUUUGGAACUUGAAAAGUGCUGUAGAUUGCUGCCCGCUUCUUCCUGGAAGGAAUUCUUUGUGAAAAGUACCUUCUGAAGCUGGAUACAAGUUAGCUUGAAGGGAAGAUCAUUCCUUCCCCAAGACCUCAAGAUAUUCUUUACUGCCCUGAACUGAUUUUUGUGAAAUGUAUAAGGUAGAAAUUAAAUUUUAGUAUUUUUUCUGUCUGGAUAAGUAGUAGUCCCAGUGCCAUUUAUGGAGAAGUUUAUCUUUUCCCCAUUAAUCCCUAACUCUGGAUCUUUCCUAAGUCCAGUGUUUGUACAGCUGUGGGUCUGUUGAUGUCUUCUAUCAAUUUGUCUAACUUUGUGGCAGUACAAUACAAUCUUAAUUAUUACCACUUCAGAAAAUGAUCUUAAUAAAAACCAAGAUGCCUUUACAUUUGAUCGUGACGUUGACCAACCCUGCCUCUAAUAUCACCACCAAAUUUGUCUUUCUGGGGACUGUCUUGGCUUUUUACUCAUUUGCUCUCCCAGACAUCUAGAAUUAGAUUGGCAAGUUCUAAAAUAAAAUAUGUUGCAAUUUUGAUUGUA